UAUUGGUUUGCAGGAAAUGUUUCUUUACUUUGACUCCUUCACUAUUUGUGUUUCUAUCCCUUGUUUAGCUUUAUUGCAGAGUUGCUCUGACAGGAUAGUCAGACUGUUUUCUUAAUUUUAAACAAUGUGGUGGUUCAUUUUAAGACUAAUUAUAUUGCUGUAGUACCGGUGUUUAAUUUAUAAUUGUAUAUUUUCGUUUUGUAGGUUUAUUCUGUGAUUUGAUUGUUUUGUAAAACUGCUUGUGUCUUAUUAUAUACAGAGACAGGGAGAAGAGGAGAUUAACCUGAAAAUCUGGUGUGUCAUGCUACAGGCAACUUCAGCUGUUAUGACACGGAAGUAGUGGGUAAAAUUUGGUUUAUUGUAGUAGGCCUAGAAGUUGUAUACAGUAUGUAUUUUGAACGUUGUAAUAUUGGAGUUAUUUAGUGCUGUUUGUACUUCGAUUACGUAUUUAAUUGAUCAGCCCAGCUGUCUAGCAUCUAUUUACAACGCCUGAGGACAUCAGAGCUUGGGCACGGCUCGGCUGUGCUUAGGGGAAGUCAGUCUGUGAAAAUUGUAUCGUAGUAGUACGGGUGUUAAUAAGCUAAGAAUAAUAAUUUAUGUAGCGUUAAUAAAGUUUGAGGUGUCUUAGAGUUCGGAAAUUGUUGGUGUCUUUUAGUUGAUCACGGUUUGUUUUCGCAUGCGCUGAAGCUACGUAAUUCUUUAGAACUGACAACUUGAGAAUUAGUGUAUUAUAUAAAAGGCAUUGUGCAGUUCCUGGGGAUGAUAGUGUUUGGAUUAUCACUUGCUGAUUCUACAUGCUACCAGUGUUUGGAUUACAUCUUUCUGACUCCACACACUCAACAGAAGUACAUGGAUUAAUAUUUUGUUGUUGUGAGGAGGGACUACACUCCAUUGAUUUACAUGUGCAAAUCACUUCGCUACUACUUCAGCCACUGUCUGCACAUGGCAAUGACUAAACUAGAAGAUGCAAAUCGGGAGGUGAACAUGCAUUCCUCUGUUCGAUAUCUUGGCUUCCUAGCCAGCAUCAAUUUGGUGGUGGCUUUAAGCAUGGGUCUGUAUGUAAGGUGGGAUGAAACACAAGACCCUUUAAUACUGGUGAUCUUCAUUUUGGGUCUUUUUGUUCUUGGAAUUGCCAUCAUCCUUUAUUAUUAUUUCUCCAUGGAAGCAGCAGGUUUAAGCCUUUCUCAUCUCUGGUUUGGGUUUUUGCUUGGCCUUCUCUGUUUUUCAGACAAUGAUUCCUUUAAAGAUGAUGUGAAAGAACAAGCCUUCAAAUAUUUGCUUCUUGCCAGCAUUGUGAUACGAACUCUUUGGGCACUGGUUGCAAGAAUAUGUGGUUGUAUCCGUUAUCGUCCUACUUUGCUGACCUCUGUAGAAUUCCUUGAACUGGUUGGAUUUGCAAUUGCUAGCACGACCAUGCAAAUGGAUAAAUGUGUAAGCAUUAUUCUUCUUGUCAUAGCCCUAGGAAUGCUGCUAAUUGACUUGAGAAUGAAAUCAUUUCUUAGUAUUCCAAAUCUGGUUAUAUACAGCAUACUUUCGUGUCUCCUCUUUUUUCCAUCAUUAACUAAAACUUUCACCGUAACUAGCACAACAAGCCCAUUUGUCACCACCACCAACCCAUUUGCUUUAGCUUGCUUUUUCAGUCGUUUGGUAUGUGAUCCACUGCUUGAUUUCUACUUCAGCGGACUUUCUGUUUUUGAAAGAUGGAAGCCAUACUUGUAUCGAGGUGCAUUCUGCCGAAGACUUUCAGUAAUUUCUGUUGGCUUAAUAGAAAUAAUAUUCUUUGUUCUGGCAGCUGUAAAAUUGCACACUUCAGAAAGAUUAUAUUUGGCUAUUCCUGGAUUUUCCAUUUCUGGAAUUUUUUGGUUAAUCUGUCAUGUUAUUUUUCUUAUAACUCUUUGGGGUUUUCAGACAAAACUGAACGACUGCCAGAAAGUGUUCUAUACACACAAGGCAGAUCACAGUACACUCGAGAGGGUAAUGGCCUCAAAAGGCAUGCGCCACUUUUGUUUGAUUUCACAACGUUUGGUAUUUUUCAGUCUGCUGUCAACAGUGGUGUUGGGUGUUGUCUCUUGGAAGCUUCACAAUUGGACAUUUACCAGUGCAUUACUAAUCGUUUUACCUUUCGAGUCCCUUGCUCAUGGCCUUUUCUAUGAAUUGGGAAACUGUUUGGGAGGAACAUGUGUUGGAUAUGCUGUUGUAAUUCCUACCAGCUACUGCAGGUAUAGUAAUACCUUUAACUUUGAAGAUUUGACAGUUCUUUUUCAUGAUCUACAUUUUUAG